GUUGUGGAAACUAGAACUUUGCCAUAACUCGAAGAUCUUGACUUGCAUCUCUCAAAAACCAAAUUUCCUUCCCCAAAUAAGAAACCAAUGCAUUUGCAAAAAUACUCCAUUUUCUUCACUCCAGCUAGCUGCUAGCUAUCAGCCUAUAACCAUUAAUUUCCACUAGUUUAGAUCAUAUAUAGCACGGAAAAACCGGCCUUACUAUGUCAGCCUACUCUAUAAUUGGUGAGAGAAUUGUUAAGUUGAACGCGGUUGCUCUACAUGGAAAUAUUGCAGCCUUUUACAGUUUAAUAAUUCGGGAGAAUGUGAGAAUUUUGGAGGACAUCGAUGAGCUACCAUUUGUAGAUACUCCUUUACACAUAGCCGCAUCUGCUGGGGGCCCACAACACAUCCAAUUUGCUAUGGAGAUGAUGAGAUUAAAGCCCUCAUUUGCCAGGAAGCUAAAUCUAAAUGGGUAUAGCCCCAUUCACCUUGCUCUACAAGAAGGGCAUACCCAGAUGGUGCGUCGGCUUCUACAGGUAGAUGGAGACCUUGUCCGUGUAAAAGGAAAGGAGGGUAGAACUCCUUUGCAUGAUGUUGCUGCAGCAGCAGCAACAGAGCAGCAACUUGCUCUAAUGGACAAAUUUCUAUCAUACAAUCCCAAUUCUAUUGAAGAUGCGACGAUUCAAAAUCAAACCGCUCUGCAUAUUGCCCUGGAAAACAACAACUUGCAUGCUUUUAAACGCUUGGUAAGAUGGCUUCGAAAAAAUAAGCGUGAAAAUGCCAGGGAGAUACUGAACCGGCAGGAUGAAAAAGGCAACACUCUGUUGCACGUGGCAGUAUCCAAAAAUCAAACCGAGGCCGUGAGGAAGUUACUAAAUUGUGGGGUUAAUUUAAAGGCUAGGAAUUUGGAGGGUCAUACAGCACAGGACAUGUUGCAAGAACAAACACAAGUAAACAACAGCGGGAUCAGGGAUUUGCUAAUAUGCUGUGGAGCCUUAUCAUGUUCAUUGAGACCAGGAAUACUCAGAAAAAUUGUCUUUUUUUUUGAGAGAUUACGACUACUCAUAAAAUCUGCUCGUGAAGGGUCGAAAAUAUCGAACGACGACCGCAAUGCGCUUUUGGUGGUUGCUGCCCUGCUUAUAACAAUCACCUAUCAAGUAGUUAUCACCCCUCCUGGGGGACUUUGGCAAGAUAAUGAAACUAUUUCGUCUCUACACCACGCAGGGACAGCCAUUGCCCAACAAACUUAUGGCAAUUUUGAGAUCGUUGCAACGAUAAAUUAUAUAACAUUUACGCUCUCAGCCAUAAUGACUUUUCUACUCCUUCCAAGAGGGUACAUUAGUGCGCUGUUCAAGAUGGCUCUAAUCCAAUUGUGGGCCUCCUACUAUUAUUCAUUGGCAGUCAUACUUGAAUAUGGGAAUGUUUUAUAUUACUGUCUUAUUAGUACCGGGCUUUGUUUUGUUUUGGUCCUCUUUGCUUUUUUUGGCAGACAAUUCUGUUGGGCCAGAAUAAAAUGCCUGCAUCUUCAUUGGAUUUUCUAUAUAGUUUAUGCGUGUAUAAUGUUUUUAAUGGCCUUGGUGGGUCAAUCUUUAUUUGAAGGAGGAAGAGCACGGUGAUUUUAUUUAAGAAGCUGUGUGGGUUCUUU